AUGGGUGCAGAGGCAGGAUAUUACAAUGUCGCUGUAGAGCGUCUGUGGAGCACGGUCGAGAACAAGGUUGCAGAACAAGAUGCCGAGCAGGCAGUGCUGUUCGGCGCAUACAUUGCGGUCGCACAUCGCUGGUUGGACCGGCAGCACCUUAUGCUUGCCAUCAUUGCUGGGGGCCCAGAUUUGUCCGGUGUUGUUCCACUGCUCGUGGCUGCGUUGACGGCUUCCUGCUUGGCCUUUUUCCGGAGUGCCAAACGACGCCUUCCCGCAUCGAAGCAGGAGGAAGAUGUGGACCCAAUCUGGAUGGCGGAUUGGACGAAUCGCGAGGACCUGACUGAUGUAUGCUCUGACGUGAUCUUCGGUUUGCCGAAGCAGUUGGCGAGCACGAAUCAGCCGUGCGUGGCCAGCGUUGAGAGGGAGGAGGUGGCUAAGAAGCUUCAGAAAGCGGAGCCCCCGCGCAAGGUGUUCGACCUCAACGACACACCGACAUGGCUAGCCCAGAUGCACAAGCGAAAAGAGCAAGCCCAACGUGCCGGAAAGGAUAAGCUUGUCCAGAAGCUCGACAAAGAGAUUGAGCAAGCGACGAGGAGUAAGUCGCUCACCGUUACGAAAGGCCCUGAGCUGCGUGCAGGCCGUGAGGCUGCCGAGGCAGCACACGAAGACGAUGUCUGGAGCAUGGACUGGUCCAACUGGAGAUCUUUUGAGUCGGCCCCGGCAGCCGUGGCAGCGGCGUAA